AUGCCGGACGUCUCAGCCCGCGUCUGGUCCUACUCCCUCGUAUUCCCUUAUCUGACCGCUUCCACAUCCCUUAUACCUGCUGAGCAGAUGUCUUACGAUGGCCUGGAUUCGAUCACAAGAGGGAGCUUUACUCCGAGCUCUUCCUCAACGGAGAUAUCGGCUCUCCGACGCAUACGAUCCAUCACGAGGCUGCAGGAUGAGCAGAUCGCAGAGUGCACGCAAAGAAAUCCCACUCCCGGCAAGAUCUCUGAAAGGACGGCAACUCCUCAUCGAUCGAAUCAAUCAUUACCUGGAUCGUCAUCGGACAGUCCAGCCCAUUCACCGGAGUCAAACUUCGCGAUGCACAAGGCGCUGCGGAAACUUCAUCUUGCAGCCUGGAAGCCAGACCAUCAACACGCAGAGCGGAUGUGGGCCAUCUAUCUUGAACAUGCAGAAAAGGUCGGGCCUCGGGCCCGGGCCUGGAGAGCGGAUGCGGACGGUGUUCUAACCUUCAGCGCGCUCUUCUCGGCGCUGGUGGCCUCCUUCAUGAUCGAAAGCUACAAGGCCUUCACCCCCGAUUACAACGCCGCCUCUGCUCUCAUGCUCUCUCAACUGGUCAUUAUGUUCAACGAAACGAGCUCCAUUGCACCCUCACGUAUACAUCCCGACCAGGCUCGGGUCGUUUAUAAUUCGUCUCUUUCGGCGGCACUUGGUCAAGCCUCUCCGCGCGACUACGUGACCAACGCGCUUUGGAUCUCUAGCCUUCUCGUCAGCGUCACUAGUGCUCUAUGCGCCGUGAUGAUACAACAAUGGACACGGCGGUUCGAGAACAUGUGCGACGGGCAUUUUCACAAAACGGGAUUAUCGUCCGAAAAGACCGCGCGUGUUCGCCUUCAUGUUCUCGGUGCGGCGCGCGAGGACGAGUUCGCCAAGUACAUUGAAACCAUUCCGCGUUAUCUGCAUGCCUCUGUCUUUCUCUUCAUCGUGGGCCUUCUCUUUUUCUUCGCCUCGUUCGACACCCUCAUUGUCUGCAUCUGCAUUGGCUUUGCCAUUCUGUAUCUGUUCGACUGGUAUGCCUCGAUGACCCUAUCGGUGUUGCGUAACCCGGCCACGCUCUUUCAAACACCUCUCACGACGGGCAUGUGGCUCUUUGCAACCAAGUGUCAGGUGGCAUCGGACACUCCGCGCGCUUUUGGCGACGUCUUCAAGCAAGCGUUCUUUUGGAUGUUCUACAUCCCAAACGACCUUCAACGAUUGUGCUCGGACGGAGAUGCGCGUACCGCACCUUCUCCGCGCAAGCAUUGCCGUCUCACUCUCGACGAUGCUGUCGUACAGACACUCAGCGAGAAUGAAAGACUCGAUAUGCAGCUCGUCGCGGUAGAGCUUGUCUCUAUCUUCCACCGAAUAUGCGUGCCCGCUCCAGAUGAUCUGGACGUAUCUUAUGCCUUCCUCGCCGGCCUCUGCCAACUCGUAGAGGAUGAUCACACUGUGGGAGACAGGAUCCUCGUCAAUAUGCACGAGGGCACGCCUCAUCAUGGGUCCUGGGAGUCCUGGCUGCUGGCCGUUCUAAGCGCCUGCGAAAUCGAGUCGCCCCUGCCUUCACAAUACGCAGCACUUUGCCUCCGCCUCCACUACCACCGGCUUCGGCGAGACAGAUCUUUGAAUACUGUCCACCACACGCCAGCGGUCUCCAUGCCCGACCCACCGGUACUUGCAACGUUGCAAGAGUUCGAGUAUCAUUCGCAGCGGCCGGUUGCUCUUGCAGCUCGGUGUUAUCGCGCAUGGCUAGCUGCAGGACUGGCUGUAGACUAUGGCGAUGCCAUGACAUCUGCGUCAGAUGUACUGUGGCAGUACAUCGGAGACAUACCAAACCGGGUAUCUGAGAUGACCUUGGAAAGCGUGGGUCUCGCGACGUUGGCACAUCCCAAGCAUCGCUGUGUAGCAAUCGCCCUCUCUCUCGAGGAUGAUUUCCACGCCUCUCUCGGCAAUGUCGAAGAGACGGAGGCGCUCGCACGAUGCAUACGGCUUCUUCCUGACCAGGGGGCACGCGCGGUCGAUCUGUACAUCGGAACUGGCGCGCGCGUGGACGAUGUGUCCACCCUCCUCGAUGACCUGUGCGCACGCAUCCCUCUGGCGAACGAGCUCCGUGACGCCCUACUUGCUCUGAAGCCGGUGGAUCCUCAAUCACCCUCUAAGAAGGCGGAGAGCGAGAUUUCCACCCUUGCUGGGCUGACUCGGCAGGGCGGCUUCCCGAUGCCGAAGCCAUUGAACCCUGACUCCCCUGAUGCAAUACCUAGUACUUCACCUAGCCAGCUCUGGCGAAGGUUUGCCUUACGCCUUUUUCUCUUCAGCCGGCGUGGGACGUCCACAUCAACGUCUGUGGAGCCUGCCGAUGCCGAGAAACGCACGUCGGAAUAG